AUGGUCAACAUGCAAGUGUGCGCCCUGGACUGCGAGACGCUCCGCGAGCUCCUCCAGGACCGCUGCGUGCAGUGCCUGGUGCUGGACUGCCGCUCCUUCUUCUCCUUCAACUCCUCGCACAUCGGCGGCUCCUGCAACGUCCGCCUGAGCACCAUCGUCCGGCGGAGAGCCAAGGGGGCCAUGGGCCUCGAGCACAUCCUGCCCAACGAGGAGGCGCGCGCCCGGCUGCAGAAGGGGCUCUACCACGCCGUCGUGCUCCUCGACGAGCGCAGCGCCGACCUGGAGGCGCCCAAGAGGGACAGCACCCUCCUGCUGGCCCUCAACACCCUCUGCCGGGAAGCCAGGGACACCCGCGUCUGCUUCCUCAGGGGUGAGUUAAAAGGCUGCAGAGAGGGAGAGAGAGAGGGAGGUCGCCUUCCCCAAGGCGCCCUCUGCCCUGCCAGUCCACCUCCCCUGGGCUUCAAAAGUCCGUAAGCCAAAGGCCCACCGGGUAAACGGAAUUCAGAGCAAUACGUAGUAAUAAUAACGGGUAUUGACAAAUAGCCUAGGGCACUUGCAUUGUUUUAACAGAGGGGCUUAUAGGAGUGGCCACUGGACUGUCAAUGGAGUUUUACCUCCCCUUCCUACCCCACCCCCAGCUGCUUAGAGUUUGUUCCUGGGACAAUAUUAACCUCUUUUCUUCUUUAUUUUCUUCUAGGAGGAUAUGAUGCCUUCUCGUCUGCCUGCCCUGAGUUGUGCACCAAACCAUCUGCUCCCAAGGGCCUGACUCUGCCGCUCAGCGCAAACAAUGUGCCUGGCAGCGCCGAUUCAAACUGCAGCUCCUGUGGGACUCCUCUCUAUGAUCAGGUCAGUUGGGGAGCAUUCAUGAAUCAAAAUUACACUUGCUUUUUAAAAAAAAAUUACACUUGCUUUUUAAAUUAUUUUAUUUUAAUUACAAGUUGGACUUUUUAAAAAAAUGCCUGGAAUGGAAAGACACAAAUGUGUGUAUAAAAAUAUUCCAUUUGGAAAUACAAGGCAUUCAAGGCAAAACAAAUGUUUCAUUAUAACACAACAAACGUAUCAAGUGCAGAGGGAGCCUGUUUUUGCCGUGGGAUUAACAGACUGUGUUUCUUUGUCUCCUUUAUUUUAGGGUGGUCCAGUGGAGAUCCUACCUUUCCUGUAUCUAGGCAGCGCCUAUCAUGCUUCCAGGAAAGAUAUGUUGGAUGCUUUGGGGAUCACAGCCUUGAUCAACGUUUCUGCCAAUUGCCCAAACCAUUUUGAGGGACACUAUCAGUACAAAAGCAUCCCUGUGGAGGACAACCACAAAGCUGACAUCAGCUGCUGGUUUAACGAAGCAAUUGACUUCAUAGGUAAAUGAGUCCUCUCUCUCUCUCCCCCCCCCUACAUAUUGAGUUUAUAGUAUCCCUUGGGUGCCAGCACCUUAGCAGACACUUCCAGCAUCCUUUAAAUUUGAGAUGCAGGGUAUUUCCUUGGGGAUCAAAAUAGCACCGGCUGAAAUAAAUCUGUAGCUACGAUGGUGCUUGGGCUUCUUUUAGAAGAUAGCAUUGUGAAAUCCCAAAAAGCAUACUAGACUUUAUAAAGAGUCAUUGGAUCCACUAGCAUGGGUGUUGGAAGGAUCAGCUGGUAAUCUGAACCAGUCUCAUGCUGACAGAAUUUUCUAGCAAGCUUUAGUGGCCACAGUUGGAAUAGGUGAUUAUAAUCAAGUUGAAACAGAACAUCCAUAUUGGUUUAUUGCACACCUUCCUUUGUUCAUCCAACUCCAUUCCCAGCUGUGUGACGUAUUGCUAUAGCUGGUUAGGCAAGAUGGCCCCUCAAGCACAGAGAGUGAAAAGCAGCUUUGAAGUUUGCAGGAAAAUUCUUGCUAAUGUUGAUGUUUUGCUUGCUCCUUCAGACUCUGUUAAAAACGAUGGCGGGCGAGUAUUUGUUCACUGUCAGGCUGGCAUCUCCCGCUCAGCGACCAUCUGCCUUGCUUACCUUAUGAGGACCAACCGAGUCAAACUGGAUGAAGCUUUUGAGUUUGUGAAGCAGAGGAGAAGCAUCAUCUCCCCCAACUUCAGCUUCAUGGGGCAACUGCUGCAAUUUGAGUCCCAGGUCCUUGCUCCAAAUUGCUCGGCAGAGGCUGGGAGCCCGGCAAUGUCUGCACUGGACAGAGGAACAUCCACUACAACGGUCUUUAACUUCCCCGUCUCCAUCCCUGUCCACUCUGCUUCCAGCGCACUAAGCUACCUUCAGAGCCCCAUCACCACCUCUCCGAGCUGCUGA